AUGCUUCCUCUCUUCAACAAAGUGCUUCCUCUCUUCUUCAAAGUACUUCCUCUCUUCAUCAAGGUGCUUCCUCUCUUCAUCAAAGUGCUUCCUCUCUUCAUCAAGAUGCUUCCUCUCUUCAACAAAGUGCUUCCUCUCUUCUUCAAAGUGCUUCCUCUCUUCAACAAAGUACUUCCUCUCUUCAUUAAGAUGCUUCCUCUCUUCAACAAAGUGCUUCCUCUCUUCAUCAUGCAGCUUCCUCUCUUCUUCAAAGUACUUCCUCUCUUCAUCAAGGUGCUUCCUCUCUUGAUCAAGAUGCUUCCUCUCUUCUUCAAAGUACUUCCUCUCUUGAUCAAGGUGCUUCCUCUCUUCUUCAAAGUACUUCCUCUCUUCAUCAAGGUGCUUCCUCUCUUGAUCAAGAUGCUUCCUCUCUUCAACAAAGUGCUUCCUCUCUUCAUCAAGAUGCUUCCUCUCUUGAUCAAGAUGCUUCCUCUCUUGAUCAAGAUGCUUCCUCUCUUCAACAAAGUGCUUCCUCUCUUGAUCAAGAUGCUUCCUCUCUUCAACAAAGUGCUUCCUCUCUUCUUCAAAGUACUUCCUCUCUUCAUCAAGGUGCUUCCUCUCUUCAUCAAAGUGCUUCCUCUCUUCAUCAAGAUGCUUCCUCUCUUCAACAAAGUGCUUCCUCUCUUCAUUAAGAUGCUUCCUCUCUUCAACAAAGUACUUCCUCUCUUCAUUAAGAUGCUUCCUCUCUUCAACAAAGUGCUUCCUCUCUUCAUCAUGCAGCUUCCUCUCUUCUUCAAAGUACUUCCUCUCUUCAUCAAGGUGCUUCCUCUCUUGAUCAAGAUGCUUCCUCUCUUCUUCAUAGUACUUCCUCUCUUCAACAAAGUACUUCCUCUCUUCAUCAAGGUGCUUCCUCUCUUCAUCAAGAUGCUUCCUCUCUUCAUCAAGAUGCUUCCUCACUCCAUCAUGCAUCCAUCAUGCAGCUUCCUCUCUUCAUCAAAGUGCUUCCUCUCUUCAUCAAGGUGCUUCCUCUCUUCAUCAAGAUGCUUCCUCUCU